CCAAUAAAAAGAGAGACGAGAGAGUGUGUGAAAGCAUGAAAGCUUUUAGUCCAAACAAAAAAAAUGGUGGCGAGAAAGAGAGUCAAGUACUCCGUGGUUGAUGCUUUCGCUGAUUCCGCCUUCAAGGGGAAUCCAGCUGCUGUUUGCUUCCUCGACGAUGAUGAUGAUCAGAGAGACGACGCUUGGCUUCAGUCUCUCGCCGCUGAGUUCAACUUAUCCGAGACCUGUUUCCUUACUCCCAUCACCGUCUCCGAUGACCAUCAAGAUGUCCCACGCUUUAGUCUCCGGUGGUUCACUCCAGUUGCUGAGGUGGAUCUGUGCGGUCAUGCGACUUUAGCAUCUGCUCACGUUAUCUUCUCAAACAGUUUGGUUGAUUCGGAGGUAGUUGAGUUCGCCACAAGGUCAGGGAUCCUAACUGCUAAACGUGUUCCACUUACUACAGAGGUCAAAGAUGGUGAAGAAAAAGAAUCAACCUUUUUGAUUGAGUUGGAUUUCCCCGUCGUUCCAACUUGUGAUAUCAACUCCGUUGAUGAUCUGUCUGUGUUCUCCAAUGCCGUGAAUGGAGCUACCAUUGUUGAUAUUAAAGCCACAGAGAAAGACGUCCUCGUUGUGCUUUCGUCGUGGGAGUCUGUUACUGAGUUGCAGCCAAGAAUAGAUGAGAUAUCGAAAUGCCCUUGCGAAGGAUUGAUGGUGACCGCCGCUGCUGCUGCUGCUGAAGGAUCUCAAUAUGAUUUCUGUAGUCGCUACUUCGCUCCUAACUUUGGAAUUAACGAGGACCCUGUAACUGGGAGUGCGCAUUGUGCCUUAGCACAUUACUGGAGCACCAAGAUGAACAAGUGUGAUUUCUUAGCCUACCAGGCGUCAAGCAGAGGAGGAACGCUGAAUGUUCACCUGGACAAAGAGAAGCAGAGGGUUCUGCUGAGAGGCAAAGCAAUCACUGUUAUGGAAGGAUGUGUCUUAGUUUGAUUUCUUCUUGGCUAUUAUCAAAUCAGCCUCUUCUUGUAAACCCAUGAAAUGGAAAUAAAGGAAGCCUAUGUCUUCUCCGAGAGAUGUUUGUAUCCAUAAAUAUUUGAAUUUGCUUAUGAUGAUGAGAUAGAUAACAAGGUUGUCUAUAACUGUA